CUAGACAAACUGACUCCUGCCGCAUUUGAGAAGCAUUCUGGAAGAGAGACAGCUAGGAAAUGGAAGAAUAAUGUUUGGGUAAUUGAUAAUGGGAAGAAGGUUGCACUGUGUAAAACAGUGCUGCUCAAAUACCACAACGAGGCAUCAAAACAUGCUAAUGCUUCCCACAGAUCCAACAAUGGACGGGCUUGUCACCGUGAUGAGUUUGUUUGCUGUACUAGAUGCAACAAGGAGCGCAGGUUUCGUCUCCGGACAAAAGAGGAAUGCCGGAUUCACCAUGAUGCUUUAGCUGAUGUGAACUGGAAAUGUGCUGAGCUGCCAUAUGACAAAAUAACAUGUAAUGAUGAAGAAGAACGAGCAAGUCGAAGAGUAUAUAGAGGCUGUACCCGUUCUCCAACAUGCCAAGGCUGCACUUCUUGUGUGUGCUUUGGCUGUGAAAUCUGUCGUUUCUCAGAUUGCAGCUGCCAGACUUGCACUGACUUCACAAGGAAUGCUAAAACUUGAGUAACAAUCGGUGGUCCUGAUAUUCUCUUUUCAUCAUAUGGGUUAUGUGCACCAAUUAUAGCUUCAUUGAGAGAACGCCCACCACCUCCCAUUUCGCCGCAUUGAAAAGAAAAAAGAAGCAAAAGAAGCAUUGAAAAGCAGCCUUCAAUGACAUUCUCCUUAUAUGUUUAAACUUGUUUCCAGUCACCUGAGUUCAAUGUAUGUUGUUCUCUUGACUGCUUCAGAACCUUCUAAUUUAAUGAUUUAUUCUCAUCAUUUCUA